GGCUGUGAAGUUUAGACGGAAGUGUAUGUGUGUUGUGAGAGUCUCCAACAACCGACACUUCCGUUCAGCUCCGACAUGGCGCCUGUGGAGUGAAUGGAGUGAUGGAGAUGUGGAGUUUACAGCCGGUCUGAGUGAACAGGAGAGAGAUAACACUGCUCAGACAGAAUGGCGUCAGGCUCUGGAGAAAGGCACUUUACUGGAUCGGAGGAAGCAGCCAUCGAUAUGACCACCAGUGAAAAGGUAGUGGACCUUUUGAACCAGGCUGCUUUUAUGUCCACUGAUGAUAAACUUACUGCACUUAAGCAGGUGCAGGAGUUGAUUAUUAACAAAGAUCCAUCAUUACUUGAUAAUUUCCUGGAUGAGAUGAUUGCGUUUCAGACAGACAAGUCAAUUGAAGUGCGGAAAUUUGUUAUUGGCUUCAUCGAGGAGGCGUGUAAACGGGAUAAUGAGCUGUUGCUGAAGCUGAUUGCGAAUCUGAACAUGCUGCUGAAGGAUGAGAGUGUGAAUGUUGUGAAGAAGGCCAUCCUCACACUCACUCAUCUUUACAAAGUGUCUCUACAGUGGUUGGUGCAGUCAAAGAGUGUAUCUGAAAUGCAAGAGGCAUGCUGGAAUAUGGUGACCCAGAUGAAGGAAGAGGUUCUGGCUCUGCUAGAUUCAGACAAUGACGGCGUUCGCACCCAUGCCAUCAAAUUUACUGAAUCCCUCAUAAUCGCCCUAUCACCACGGAAACCAGACUCAGAUGUACCCAAGAAGCAAGAGGGGGACAUCAGCCUUGACAAAAUUCCAAAAGAUCACUCGUACAUUCGCUAUGAUGUUCUUUGUGAAGAGGGGAAGUCUGCUUUAGAGCAGCUCCUCAAGUUCAUGGUGCACCCAGCCAUUUCCAGCAUUAAUCUCACCACAGCUUUGGGAUCACUGGCCACGCUGGCCCGGCAAAGGCCCAUGUUCAUGUCAGAGGUUGUACAAGCCUAUGAGACUCUUCAUGCCAACCUGCCCCCAACUCUGGCCAAGAGUCAAGUGAGCAGUGUGCGAAAGAACCUCAAACUGCACCUAGUGUCUGUGUUGCGGCACCCUAGCAGUGUGGACUUCCACAGCCAGAUCUCCACGCUGCUGCAGGACCUUGGUAUGGCUCAGAGUGAAAUCGCACGCUGUGUACCUGCUGCUGCGCAACCUCGCAAGAGAUCCCGCCAUGAGCCCUACAGUGAGGGCAAGAGGAUCAAGAUUGAACCCGCGCUGAUUGAGGAUGAUGAGGAUAAGGAAGAGCCAGCCCCUGUUGUUGCCCCCAAGCCUUCAACCACCACAGGCACUCAGUCUGCCAUAGACCUCACUGCUGACUUCAUACGGCCUCUGCUAACACCGGAAAAUGUGGCCAACCUGGUACUCAUUAGUAUGGUUUACCUACCAGAAGUCAUGCCAGCCUCCUUUCAGGCUACCUAUACACCUGUGGAGUCAGCAGGCACAGAUGCCCAGAUUAAACAUUUGGCCAGGCUCAUGGCUACGCAGAUGACUGCAGCUGGCCUUGGACCAGGUCUAGAGCAGUGCAAGGCACGAGGGGAGGAGGGGAAAGAGGGGGAAGGCGAGGCAAGCAUGGAGGAGUCCAGCUCUAAAGACCCUCUCAUCAUCCGCAAAGUUUCUGCAGUGUCUUUGGGCCAAGCCAUCUCUGUGGUGGGAGCAUAUAAGAGUCAACCUGCUGAGGAGACACCUCAGGCCAAGAAGCUUCCAGAACCUAUUCUGCCUUCAACACAGUCCAAAGCACCGGGCAGCAGUGGACGGAAAAAAGUCUUCCGACUGGCUGAUGUAGUCCAGCCCUUGUCUGAUUCUCAGCUUGAAAAGUUAACCAAUAUGGCUGUCAAACGCAUCCUGCAAGCAGAGAAGGCCAUUGCACGUAGUGGCAUGUCACAUGUGCGCGUGAAGCUGUUGGCAAGGUUAAUGACACAGUUUGAGGGGACGAUGAAGGAUGACAUGCUGCGUUUCAUCUUGGAGGAUAUGCGAACCAGGAGUGACCUGGCUUUCUCACUGCUGUACCAGGAAUACAACCAGUACCUGAGCCAGCUGCCAUCGGGUUCGCUGGACAGCUAUGAGCACUGCCUAUUUUCCCUACUCUCCGGCCUGCAGGAGCGACCUGAACAGAGAGACGGGCUGUUCACCAAGCUGGUGUUGGAGGCUCCUCUGAUUACAGAGUCUGCACUGGAGGUGAUCCGACGCUACUGCGAGGACGAGUCUCGCGUUUAUCUGGGAAUGACCACACUGAAGGAGCUUAUACUCAAACGCCCUUCCAGACAGUUCCAGUACCUUCAUGUUCUACUGGACCUCAGCUCUCAUGACAAAGAGAAGGUGCGCUCUACCGCCCUCACCUUCAUCAAGCGAAUGUAUGAGAAAGACCACCUGAGGGAGUACAUAGAGAAAUUUGCUCUAAAUUACAUGCAACUGCUGGUCCAUCCAAACCCUCCUUCAUUGCUGUUUGGAGUUGGAGAGGACACAGAGGUGGCCUCUCCUUGGACAGAGGAGACAGUGAGGCAGUGCCUGUAUCUCUACCUCUCCCUUCUCCCUCUCAACCAUCGUCUGGUCCAUGAGCUAGCUGCUGUCUACACUGAGGCCAUUGCUGAUAUCAAACGCAGCGUUCUCCGUGUCAUAGAGCAGCCCAUCAGGGGAAUGGGUAUGAACUCUCCUGACCUGCUGCUGCUUGUGGAGAACUGUCCCAAAGGAGCAGAGACUCUGGUUACACGCUGUCUGCACAUACUGACUGACAAAGUGCCACCAUCUCCAGACUUGGUAGAGCGAGUGAGGGAUCUUUAUCACAAACGAGUGCCAGAUGUUCGUUUCCUUAUCCCAGUCAUCAAUGGCCUGGAGAAGAAAGAGGUGAUCCAGGCACUGCCCAAACUCAUCAAGCUCAAUCCCAUAGUGGUUAAGGAAGUCUUCAAUCGUCUCCUGGGCACACAACACAGUGAGGGUAGUCCCUCAAUGUCUCCUCUAACUCCUGGUGAGCUCUUGAUCGCUCUUCACAACAUUGACUCCACCAAGUGUGACAUGAAGUCAAUUAUCAAAGCUACCAACCUGUGCUUUGGUGAGAAGAAUGUGUAUACGUCUGAGGUGCUGGCUGUGGUGAUGCAGCAGCUGAUGGAGCAGAAUCCUCUCCCCAUGCUGCUGAUGCGCACUGUCAUCCAGUCACUCACCAUGUAUCCCCGCCUGGGCGGCUUCGUCAUGAACAUCCUCUCCCGCCUCAUUCUCAAACAGGUGUGGAAGUACCCCAAAGUGUGGGAAGGCUUUGUAAAGUGCUGCCAGCGCACCAAGCCUCAGUCCUACAGCGUGCUGUUGCAGCUGCCGCCUGCACAACUGAUCAGCGUGUUUGAGCGCUGCCCGGAAAUGAGGGAGCCUCUUCUGCAGCAUGUCCGCUCCUUCACCCCACACCAGCAAGCCCACAUUCCAUCCUCCAUCAUGGCUAUACUGGAGGCUAGCAGCAGAAUGCAGGAGCCGGAGCCACAGCGUGAACCUGAACACAUGGAGGCAAUGGAGGAGAGAGAGAUGCAUCCCCAGCAAGUCAUGAUGCCUGUAGCACAAGCAGAACCUCCAGCCCCAUCUGUGACAGCUGUCCAUGAAACAGUGCCUCCUCAGUCAGGAUCGAUCAAAAGGGAAGAAGAGGAGCCUAUGGAGGAAGGAGAGGCAGAUCUUGAACGUCUACAGGUUGUCAGUGAAGCCACAACACAACAGAUUGAAGCACUCAAAUCUGAACCAGGGACAGCCAGUGUUCCUCAAGAAAAAGCAGAAGAACCAAUGGAGACGUUUACUAAAUCUGCUGAUGCAGCUGACCAGCCCCAAGAGGAGGUGGACAGUGUAGCAGAACCAGAGACGCCAGCAGGAGAGGCUGAACGAAGCCGAGAGGAAGAGGACUGAAUGAAUGCACGGGGCAUUAUGAACGAUGGACCGUCAGUGGACUGGAAGCUUUAAUGCGAACUGACCCUUUAUAUGUUUAAUAUUUCAGUAAACUAACUGUAAAGGUUUAGAAUGCAAUGGUAGUUCAGUGUUUAACUUGCAAAUAUUGUUUAGUUCGGCAUUGUUUUCAAAUUGAAAGCAUAAAAUGAUUUUGUAAUGUGAUUCCAAAAAAACUGUGGGGUAAAAAUAAAUAAAAUGCUAUCUGGUGUCUUUAGAGGUUAUAAAUACCUGUUUUCAUAGUUAAAGAGAGCAAAUUGUGUGUUUUGUAACUAUUGUUACAAAAUUAAAUAAAACAAAAACAAAUCACACUGA